GCUUGACAAAGAUCAACACUUUACCAGUUGUUUCUAGAUAUCAGACACAAAAGGGACAAUGUUUCCCUUGCUUGUCGGAAUAGUACUAUCGUUUUGUGAGCUGUCCAACUCCGUACCAAGUGAGUAAACAUUUUUUAGUAAAGUAGAAUAAUAUCUCGCCUUAAAAUUCUUUGACUUUCAAGCGAGUUCCUUCCGUCUCAGCAUUUAAAAUAUUCGCUAUCGAGCUCUCUGCAGCUGAAGAGGGUAAACAGUUUUAGGAUUCGAAUAUUCUCUCGAGAAUAUUCCUGUAACCAAUAUCACAAACAAGUAACUUACUGAUUAUAACGAUUCUACCGGGUCGCAGCAACCAAAAAUGUCGAUUUUGCAGUGAUUUUAACCACAUAAUUUUAUUUAUUGGAAUUGAAAUGAAACUCUCCCUUAUAAAAUAUUCAUAAGAAGCAAAUGUGCUGGCUUGGUUGGAAAAACAAGGAAAAAUGUGAUAGCAUCAAGGAAAGUCGAGUACAGUAAGAGAAGUAGGGCCAGUUAAAAUUUGUUACGCAGUUGAAAAGAUUGCUCAUUUUUUCCGAACUCGGGAAUUGUAAAAUGAUCUCGCUAUAGUUGAAGAAGUUCUGUACCCUAUAGCGAAAGGACUUUUAGCCGAUCGGGGUCAUUCCUUUAAAGCCGAUUUAGGUAAAUUAUAGAAUCCGACACAACCAAAUUUGAGACGGCGAUUCGAUCCGAGAAUUUUAAAGCAUCAAAGCUGUCUGGGUAAGAUAUUUUUAAAAACAGAUAGCUUAAUUAUACAGCCGAUCAACAGACUGUCACAAAUCCAAUGCCAAAUCGGCGACAACAUUAUUACAAUGACUGCAAUUAAUCUUUGUCAUUCGUAAUGGGAAAAUUGAAACGAGUCGCAUACAUGUUGUUCGAGUCACAUACAUGUUGAUGUUCCUUUAAAAAGUCACUCCAAAAUAGACUCCUUGGUUCCGCACCAUUUUCCGCAUGUGAAAAAAAAUAAUAAAAAAAUAGUCGUUUUGAUUUAGUUCUCUUUUCUGUUUAUUUAAAUCUUUAAGUUUUUUUCUCGCGUGAGACAUCGUACGAGAUUGAGACGGAAUAAAGUUGAGCGAUUUAGUUCCAUUGACCUUUGAAUCUUUUGGCAAUCCUUGGACACGUACUUGUAAAUUGUGUUUCUCUCAGUCUUGACCGAUGUCUCCACAAUGAAUUAUUGAAUAGCGUUUUUGAUUACAGGUUUAGCAUGUACAUUUUGCAACAAUGUAAUCUUUGGAGCCAACAUGCUGCGAUUCGACACGCGAGCAAACAGUAGGAAAACAACAAGACAUCUGAGAUGCCUAAAUACCUUGUGAAUCUUGUAAAGAAUAUUUGUAAAACAAUAGCGAAAAUCUCAAAUGAUGAUGACUAAAUAUUUACUCGCUUUGGCUUCCGUUAUCAAAAGUUUGAAUUGGCCCGAGUUUGAACAAAAAUUUCCUGGGUAUUUCAAAUUCAUAAAAUGGAAAUUAGUCUAUUAAUAACAAAUAAUAACAAACUUGAGCGGGAUGGUGACCACAAACUUUGUAAAUUGUGGAUUUGUCUGUGCGACUAAAGCGGUGAAAGAUUUUUGUGAUGAGCUUAUCGUACAGAUGCCUCACAUUUCCUGAAUAGAACGUUCCUAACGGCAAGGCUAGAACGCAUUGCGAUUUUUUUGUUAUAUUUUUGGAAAGCCACUCUUUAUAAAGGAGGACCUAAGGUUUUGUGGUUGGGCCAAUUUUUUAGAUCGGUUUUUUCGGUUUUUGAACAAAAUUCGGUUUUGAGUUUUUCAAGCCUAAUCAGUUUGCACUUUUUCCUUUUUUUCGGCGUUUGGUUUUUGAUUCUUUGUCAAGAAAAAAAAAAUUUGCCGAGAAAAAUUUCAGAGGCAGAAUAUUUUACUCAGAGCUUUAAACCCACGUACAAUGCGAAGGCAGGUUCUUUAUUCAAAAAGCUUUCAGUUUGGCGAAAUUCUCACCAACUUUGUUUUCCCAACAUACUUAAAGGUCAUAAAAUAUUUAGACGCUAGGAGCCCAAGGGUUUUGCAAAGGUGAUCAUAAAAUAAGCAUUUCCUAUUGAUCUGAAUGCGACGGAAUUGCAGUCGAUUUUCAUUCAACUGAUAAUCUUUUGGUUUAAUUCUAUAUCUAAAGUGCAGCAAGAAAAACUGUCUUUUUCUCACAAAUUCUUAAUGAAUCAACAAGACAUUCUUUCAGCGUGUGAUUUUAUGACAAUUUUCGUUGGGAAGUCAACUGACGAAUCAAAGUGUCGCUCAGUAGCUUUAUUAGCGUUAGCAUCUAAUGUUCGCAAUUAUCUAUAAAAAUCGCUAAAAGGAAACACAAACAGGCUCGCUUCACCCACUCAAUUGACCAUAUGCAAAAUUUUCCUUUUGUUUUUGUUGCAGUUAAUUGGAAGGGCGCCUUCAUCAUGUGCAUCCUGAGUAAUUUUUUUACACAACAAAACGCCGGCCCAGCCCAGCCGGCUCCAGCUACCAUUAAAGAUUUGAUGGAAAUUUAUACAAACGAAAAUUUUGUAUAAGCGCACAUACGCUGCUUUCGAAAUGAUUUAACGAAAAUUGUAAAUCUGGGUAUUAAAACGUUGCGGAUAACUCGAAAGCAUGUGGCUGAUGAAAAAAUGAUAAGGCCCCAGAUUAACACUUAAUCCUUUGAGUGCUUUUUUGACUUUUGGGGUGUUUUUUUUCUGGACUAACAUGCUUGGUGUAAGUAGUCAUUAGACUUUAAAUAGAAGUUAACCUGUGUGCCUCUGCUUUCAUUAAUCUUCUCUCUGGGUCAUCCAUAUUUCUAGAUUUUUGUUUAGAUCCAAUAACAUUUUUCUUUCUCUCUGGGUAGACAUCGCUGUUGUUCUUUCGUUUGUUUGUUUUGUUUUGUUUUUAUUUGUUUUUGUUUUUGUUUUUGUUUUUGUUUUGUGUUUUCAACCCUCAGCGUAAAUUAUUUCCAUAGACACCCCAGAAGUAAAAGCAAUUUUCAAAUUUCUCUCUCAGUAUAAAUAGAUUAUGGACCACUCGUUAUUUUCGGCCUUGGGAGGGGGGAUGGAAGAUUUCUGGGGGAAUCAUUAGGUUUUCAGAGUAAAACAAAAAGGAGGUCGGUCAUUGCCAACAGAGUAUGGAAGAGGGACUAUAAAAAAAAAAUUGAGCGCCAGUUAAGUGCCAAUAAGGGAGGAUCAGGAAUCAUAAGAAUAUUUGAAAGCCUUAUUGAGGAUCCGGGGAUUGGAUCGUAAUACAACCGACAUUCCCGCCCCCCCCCCCCCACCUUCACCCAUUGAUAAAUAAUCAGGGUCCUUUCUUUAGACUUGCUUAAAAAUAAUAUUACUUCCACACUAACACGUUUAUUUUCUCACCCAACGUUUCAUCAGCUAACGAUCCAUGCAUUACGUACAAAGAGCUUCAAGACUCCGCUCGUUCCCAGUACAACCGCCUCUCUGGCUUACAGCAAGGAAAGUGCGACAGAAAUUUAGUUCCAGGUUGGUACAGGUUUAAAGGCGGAGCUGGGACAAAGAUGCCAGAGUCUUGCGUCAAGUCACUCCACUGUGGUACCCAUUCCCCUGGCUGGUACAACGGGCCCCAUCCAGCGAACGUUGGGGGAGUUUCAUCCGGAAGAGUUUGUUUCAGUUGGAUGGGUGUUUGUUGCCAAUGGUCCAGCCCUGCAAAAGUAAGGCGGUGCAAUGGUUUUUAUGUGUAUAGGCUGUCGCCGACUAGCCAUUGCGAUCUUCUGUACUGUGGAAACGGUACUGCAGGUAGGAAAAACGCAAGAGGCUGGGGACUAGCCGUUGUUUGUCGUCUGUGGGGGGGGGAGGGGUGGUUGGGAGAUCACACGAGGAACGGAAGAGGGAUCUGUCUUCUCUAACAGGGUUUUGGGAGGGGAGGGGACUAUUGAAAAUCGACUGGCAAUUGACUGCCAAUGAGAGGGUUCUUCAGAAUACUUCACAGCCUGGGAAGAGAGGUGAACAAGUUAAUUUUAAUGUUACGCAACCAAAAUAAUGACUUUAAACCUGUAAAGCAAACAAGUUUAAAUACGAAAACAUCGUUUUCUCAAAGAAUCUGUCGCGUGCGUCUGACCUCAUUUACAAAAAGGCGGGUAUCGUCAACUCAGAAAUGGAAACUCAUUUGAUAUUGAACAUUUCCACUAUCAAUAUCCUCCAAUAAGUAGCUAUCUCUUCCAUAAUUUCCAAGGGCCAUUCCAAGAUGGGACACACUGCUACAACACAGGGCUGCUUUUCCUUUGCCAAAGGAGGCUUAAAGCCUUAGAGUAACGCCCCAUCCACUCUAAAAAUGCUUAAUCUUACUAUUACAAAUCCUCACAUUAAGGACUUAGGUUCCAAAUCAUCAAUUUUAAAACGAAGAUGGAAAGUUACUGUUCCAAAUUGAUUCUGUUGUUACUCAUUAAUCUUCAGAGUCGACUGUGGGACCUACAACUCUGCCGUCGCUCGUAAGUACAACAACAAAACCAGGUAAAUAUUCCGUUCUUUAAUGCUAAUAAAAUGUAAGUUUUGCCAAGGAACACAAAAAUAUUGUUUUCACUAUUCGCGUGAAUCAAGAAGACUGGAUACACGAUUUGCAAAAAGAACAGUAUUGAAUUUCUUUAUUUCUCUUUAGGUAAAGCUAAAAGAACUUUUUUGGAAUUAUGCUUAAUCAUUAUGUAUUGACAACAUUUGUCACCAUUAUCCAUAAUGCAUCGUCUUGAAUAAUGUUGAACUACUCUGAGGUGCAUCCUCCCCCACCCUCCCCCCCUUCAAGUUAUUGAGUCAACCUCAUUAAUCUUCAGAAUCGAUUGUGAAACCUACAACUCAGCCGUCGCUCGUAAGCACAACAACAAAACCAGGUAAAUAUUCCGUUCUUUAAUGCUAAUAAAAUGUAAGUUUUGCCAAGGAACACAAAAAUAUUGUUUUUACCAUUUGCGUGAAUCAAGAAGACUGGAUACACGAUUUGCAAAAAGAACAGUAUUGAAUUUCUCUAUUUCUCUUUAGGUAAAGCUAAAAGAACUUUUUUGGAAUUAUGCUUAAUCAUUAUGUAUUGACAACAUUUGUCACCAUUAUCCAUAAUGCAUCGUCUUGAAUAAUGUUGAACUACUCUGAGGUGCAUCCUCCCCCACCCUCCCCCCUUCAAGUUAUUGAGUCGACCUCAUUAAUCUUCAGAAUCGAUUGUGAAACCUACAACUCAGCCGUCGCUCGUAAGUACAACAACAAAACCAGGUAAAUAUUCUGUUCUUUAAUGCUAAUAAAAUGUAUGUUUUUACUCCUAUGAGUGACCAAGAGAGGAUUUCUCCUAACAGUAUCAAUACAAUAUCAAGCAUAGAAGUGAUGAGAAUAACGUAAAAUAUAAGUUAGGAGAUUAUUAGUCGAUCCAAUACCAAAUUCUCCAAAUUGAUAUUAUAAGAAUUGUGUGGCAGACAGUCAAGAGAAUUACUAAAGAGAUCUUGGGAGUUAAAGGGUUAACACCUCAACAUCAGUAUGUAUAUUCUUUACCUUUUCCUCAUUUCUUCUGAUACCGACACAGAGAAUUCGUUUAAAACUCAAAAGCUCAAAAAGAGAUCGUUUCCUAUUUUUUCAUUCAUGGCCUCAUGAUGUUUGAUUCAGCAGGAAUAAAGCAAAUUUCACUUGCGUGUCCAAACUAAUCUGCUAAUUUGCUUUUAUCAGAAGCCAAACAGAAACCAGUCAGCUUGACUUGAUCGCCCGCGUUUUCCUGCGCUUUUGGUAGACCGCUUGUUUUUACUAUCAGUCCUCAUUGGCUAACGAUGACGCGAACCUUUGUAAUGAUUGGCUGUUGUGAUUACUCUGGUUUUGGUUUUAGGGUAGUCAAUAGUCCAAUUUAUAGUUGCGAGAGUGGUUGCCAAGCCUCUUAAUAGGAGUGAGGCUACGUUUGACCUAGUUAUUAUACAAAUGUUACCGCUUUUCGAAAGUAAAUUACUUUGUUAUCAUGCUCACUAGAUAAACUGGUCUCUAUCACGACAAGGUCAGCUUCAGCCUCACUCCAAAUUAAAGGCUUGGCAACUAACUAUACAACUGUAAAAUGGCCCAUUGAAAAACUACUCCAGUGUAAGGAAAAUUAGAUAGUAGUCACUCGUAAGCUUAAGGGUUAAAAAAAGAGAGAUGUUCAGGCACCGCCAAUAUCAUUACGUUAUCAGGUGACGACUUUACCAUUGACGUGAAGUGCGACAGAAACCAAAUCAAAGUCAUGUUACACAUCAAAUCUCACCUCAACUACGAUCCAGAAACCGUCCACCUCAACGACGCAUCUUGCAAACCUUCCUUCCAAAACAGCAGCCACAUAUUUAUCAAAUCAACGCUCGAAGGAUGUGGAAUGAUAUGGAAUGUCUCGCAAGACGGUAAAAUGCUUAUUUAUCGCAACGCUAUAACAGCCCUUGUGAAGGGCCGAGGCUCCUUGGGUUUGCAUGCGUCACGUGACCACCUGGCCGUGUUUGAAUUCCAAUGUCGUUACCAGAAGACAGCGUUGUUAUCCGUAAUCUCAUUCAAUCCGUCGGAAAUAUUGGUGAUCAGUGAUAUACGUAAGUAUUAGAAAGACUAAGUAGAGAUAUUAAAGAAUUCAAGCUAUCACGAUUGCAUCGUCUGGCCAAAUUUCCAUCGAAAAUUUACUUCCAUCGCCUAUGAGGAUAUCGCGAGUGUUCAAUGGGGUUUUGCACAACUCUGAUGGUGUUCAACCACCCCCUCUCUCCCCUCUCUUUCUCUUAUCUCUGUCUUCCACAUUCCCAUGACCCCGUCAGAGUGAGCAGAGUUGAUUUCCAAAUGGAAUGUCAAAAAUUGGCCAUCGCGGUCUCCUCUCUCAGCGACCUCGCAUUGUGUCUUUGCUUGUGACCGAAGGAAAUGCACACUUGAAGUUAUAAAACAAACGUGCGGGGCCACUUUUCUGCGCAAUAAAUCUUUCAUUUUCCCUCCUUCUCUAUCAUCGUCCAGAAUUCCAAAUUGUCAUUUUUCAAUUCAGUGUUAAACGUAAUCCAGAAUUACUUCUUAACUCGCUGUGAUUGGCCUGGAAAACUAUCUUCUCAACCAAUCUGAUGCCAGAGUCUAACCCAACGACGUUUGCCACGCCUUCCACUGUCUACUUGUAAUUCGCUUUGAGUUUUCAUUUCCCCAUGGAAUGCUAGCACAUUGCAUAACCAUAAUAAUAAUAAACCAUGAGACUCAAUCGAAACGCUCUCUAAAUUUACAGUAGUAUAGCUGCUUCAGAAAGAAAAGAUUCAUUACUAUUCCGAGUUUCGUUCCAUCUCACAGAGUCGUUUGGAAAUUUCACGUUCGAGAUGAACCUAUUCAAAACCGGAGAUUUCCGUGAGCAUUACACAGAAUACCCUGUUGGACCAAUAGACGUAGGAACAGACAUUUUUCUUCAGGUGGCAGUGAAAUCAAAUGAUACUGGAGUUAUUGUGUUUGUGGAUGAGUGCAAGGCGACAGCCACACCUAAUUAUGAUGAUGAGAUGCAGUUCGUUUUCUUAGAGGAUGGGUAAGUUAAGAAGAAAAUUAAUAUUCGAAAGACGUCGCCAUUAAAGCGUAAAUAUGAACUUACUGUUGAUCACUCCUCUUCUUUUUUCAUCUCCCUGCGAACAAGUACGAGCGACAAGAAAUGAAAUUCCUUGACUCAAACAUUUUUUUUCUUGGCGCUGCUGUUUUUUGUGUGCUCGUCACUGACCGCUUACUGAGUUGUUUUCAAAAUGGAGUUGUUCAUAUACUCCAUAUAGAUAUUGUAGAAUGUAAUCUUGUUACCAGGGCUUUUCUCUUGAAAUUAGUAGAAGCUCUGGGAGAGAGAAUGUAUAUUUGAAGACACUUUUCAACGUUAGAAUCUCAACCGAAGUGUUUAGCUAAUUUUUAAAGAAACUUUUUAGAACAGGGGGAAUGCUACUCCUCAAAGAGACUCGUAAGUGGAUUAUGCAGCCCCGAAUGGUAAAUGUACCCGAGCACCACUUUAAUGAGCGACGGACCAGUUAAGGGAGUACCUAGAUAUAAACAACGGUGAUUUGAAGCCACUUCGGUUCGUGUAUUGACGGAACUUUCAUCACAUUACAGGUGUCCCAAGGACAACAAUCUUCGCUAUAACUACACCUUGUCAUCUGUUCAGCGUUUCAUCAUGGGUGCGUUUCACUUCCGCCCCGUAAAGUCAGAAGAAAUCUUCCUCCAUUGUUUAGUGUUGGCCUGUCUUCAUUCUGAUGAGUCUUCGCGUUGCGCGAAAGGAUGUCCGUUCGAAAAGAGGAAAAGGCGAGACACGAAAGAAAAAGUUGAACAACAUCUGGCUGUGGGACCCAUAAUUGUUUCUUCCUCUCAACCAAAAGAGCCUUCAGGUAGAGCUGAUUGCUUUGAUUAAGAGCAGAACCUGGUGAAAUUUCUGCUCCAUAUUUGCAAUACAAUUUAACCUCUUAGGAAUUUCUUUUUCGAUAAAUGGCAAUUUUAUCGUUUGUCUCACGAUAUAGAGUGAAGCUAUCAGUUGUACUGAUUACGCCGUUAUGACUUCUAUAGUGCAGUUUUCGUCAGGCGACGAAUUCCACGGUUCACGUGUCAUUAAUCAUAACAUCUUGGUUUGCUGUUAUUGGUGUGUUUGUUUGUUCGUUCAUCGAUUCUUGCAUUUGAUAGCUGAUUUUCUUACCAACCUGUCCGUUGGUUCAUUCGUUCAUUCUCUCAUUUAUUCAUUCAGGCAGUCAUUCAAUCAUUUAUCCUUGCAUUUACGCAUUUAUUGACGCAUGCAUACACAUAUUCAUUCAUCGUUCAUCUACUCAUUGAUUUAUUCUUUUCUUGAAAUUCAUGUACACAUGUACUAAUUCAUUCAUUCAACGCUUCCUUCGUACGCGAAUUCAUUUCUAUAAUCAUGUAUCAACCUGGAUUUUCUAAAUUUGGUUGUUUUGGCUGUGGUGAUGAGACCGUUGCCAAAAGUUGACGAACGAAUUGGCUUUCCCCAAGGCUUUUUCACUUGUUCCCCCAAGAGAAACUUACAAGAUGCUUUCUUUCGAUAGUUUGAUUAAGUGACGUGUUCAUUCAGCGAGUUCAGCAUUAGUUCAUGACUCACUUGUCUUGGAUUACCUUGCAGUGUCAUCCUCACCUAAAGACGACACCACCACCAUAGCCGUAGUGGCAGGAGUUCUCGGCUUCGCCGCCCUUUUUCUUGUGGUAGCCGUGGUAAUUAUUCUUUGCAAGCCCCACAGGACACCCAACGUGACUGGAGCGACCAUUACUCUACUAGUACGAAGCAAUGAUCCAGGACCGAGCUGAAAUGGAAUCCAAUGAAUUUAUAAUUUUCUCGGAUUCGGUCCUCGAUCCUCCCGUUAAGUUCCUUCCGGGAAGUACCGGUGCAUUUUUCGAAAAGUGGCUGAUAAUCAAGACUAAAUUUAGAGCACUGCAGUAAAACGUUGGGGAUGCGCAAAGGAUCAAUUUUUGGCCGCACACGCGCCAAUUUCCCGCGCAAAAUUUCUAAGGAAAACAAUACGCCCAAAACAUUGACAAAUAAUCAAAACAAUUGAACGUUCAUGGACUCAAAGAGAGAAAAAUAGAACUCAUAAAUUUUUUAACAAGUGCGGUAUUGAUUUAGCAUUUUGUUUUAAGCUUUAUCGAAAGAAUGAUACGGUCGAAGAAAAUUACCUAUUCUCUUGUACGGUCUUAAACACUGCUUCUUACUGGCUCGUGUUGUUGCUCAUAACCCGCGUAAAUUUUGUGCUUAUCGUGAUUUUUACGGACUGAAAGAAAACCACUUAGCUAUUAUAACGUUCAUACAUGCAUAGAUGAACCAAUUUGUUAUGAUUUGGUUAAAAAUGAUUUGAUUAAAUUUCUAAUUCCAACUUCUGCCCAGUUUUUUAGGUAUCGUAACGAGAGAGACUUUAUAGUGUGUUUUGUGGACUGCAUUGGAGAAGAAAUGUUUCGUAAGCGUUUUUCAUAGGCACUUGACACUUUACUGUAUGUAAAUAGGACAAAAACCAACAUUUUGGGGGUUUUCGUAAUGGUCAAAUUUCAAAAUAGGUAGAAGUUAUAUGGGGCAUGAUUUCUAAUAACAAAAAAUAUGUUAAGAAAUCAAAGAAAUAUAUCCAUAGUAUUUAUUAUAAAAUUCUCCGUCCAUCAAGCCGCUUUUUGUCCGCACAAGAAUUGUGAGUGCUCAUCACUCAUUGUUUCAUUGGGCAACAAAUAAACGCGUAAACAAAUGUGACCUUAUUUUGAUUAUUUUUUCUAGUAAAUUGCAAUUACAACGAAACCGGGAAGGAUAGAACCGGCAUUUCUUACAGAUGCUUCAAUCUAGGUGUAACUGUCUCUUCUUACCGUUGAGAAAGUAAUUUCGAUUUUUUGUCACCUUUUACGGUGUCUAUGGUAUUUACCAUAUAUCAAAACAGCCUUGCGACGUAUUAUAACUAUGUGGAUCAAUUAAAAAAUGCCACUCAAAUCAUGAUUUACCAUAGCUAUGGUAUUUUGCCGUCGUUUUGUUUAUAAUGAAGGAGUUUAAAUGGGUUUGGGUUCGUCGUUGAGUGAUGCUCUACGACCUCCAGGUGAAACACCACACGUCGAACUUAAGCUCCUUCAAAACCACCCAUAAUAACAAUUCGAAGCACUGAGGAUAACAAAACACCUUAGGUGAGGAGAUUGAGUCCUCCAAGACGUUAUUUCAUAAAUAUUAUUUUGGAUGAGUGGAUAAGCAGUAUAGUAAAUCCCGAAUAUUCACUGCAAAAUGUACUGAGUAGAGAGACAGAUUAUAGCGGAGCUCGCAGAACGAAGCCCCAUACCAUUUUAAUCUGGUAGUAACUGAACGAUCGAAAUCCUCAAUACAUAGAUGAACAGUAACAGUAAUAUUUUGACUUAAUCAUUUGCCCUCCAAAUUAAAUUUUCAUGGGCUUUUUUUCUUUGCGAUUCGGCGACGGUUUUGGUUAAAACUUACUUCUCAAAGAGAGAAAACCUAAUCUUUUGUAGGACUUGAAACAGUGGAGAACUUUAUAAUCUUUUAGUACUUUUUUAUAUUAAUAAUAUCAAUUUUAGUCUGGAAGAUUUCUCAUCAGAUCAGCUCGCCUUUAAGUUUCGUUUAUGAAGAAAAUUGCUAUCAGUAUUUACUGCGAGCGUUGGUUAAUAAGAGAAGUCCACUGAAUUCCUCCCUAGCUCUUUGACAGCAAUACUCAUGGGGACAUUUGACGCCUUUAAAAAACAGGAAAAUUUAUAGUUGGGAAAAAAUUUAUUAACUACAUAUCAUUUGUAAUCUCUUGCUAUAUAAUCAAUCAAAAAUUUAAAGUUUUUGAACGUUCCAAUGGAAAGAUAAACAUCGGGUUUUUUUUAAUUCAGUAAAAGUUAAUUCUGCUGAGAUUUUUUGAUGGUGAAAGUUGUCAAACUUUAUUGUUCCUUUAGAAGAAAAAGAUGAGACAAAGCAAACGAAGAUCUGCUAAAAAAGUCACUUGAAUAUCAUUUUCCUUUUACCAUGCAAUAUCAGGGUAUUUCGGUUCUUGCACAAUAUUUAAAAUAUUGACACGAAAAUCCCAAUUAACACGUCAACUGGUUGUGGUUUAUUCACACUGGAACAUAUUUUUGUCCAUCGAAGUAUUUUUUCCCGUUUAAGCUAGGGACGAGAUUCUCGAUAACUUUUUCAAUACAAAACGUUAGGAAUAUCAAAUAAUCACAUUAGAAACGACCUUUAUUGAAAGCAAAGCAUAUUUGCGACGCGAGAAGUAAGAACAAAGAUGCUUCCAGAAACAAACACAUGAUUACAACACUUUUACAGAUAACGCUUUCUAGAGGAAAAGUGCGAAACCACAAGAAAAAGGUAGAAGGAUAACAUAGAAAAUCUCUUUUUAAAUUACUUCACACAUACCAAAUAGCUUAAAUAUUUUAAAACUCUCCAAUACAAUAGAUCAAUCUUGUUUCUUUCUGCGUCGUGUAGCUACAACUCUCUUUACAGCUGUUUGAGCCGUUUCGUCGAUAGAAGUAUAUCUCCUAUGUGAAUUACUCUAAUGGCGAACAAACGUGCGCUUCAGUUGAUUAGGCGCAUUUGAUUUUGGUUGAUUUAAGAGUUAAAGAAAAAAAAAUUGAGUGUUUCACUUUUCAAAAACAACAAUAAUUGAUAUUCUUCCUUUUCUUAUGCAUAGGCAAGUUUGUAAUCCAAGAGGAGUCGUGUAAAGGAACUUUAUCGCUAUCACCAACUUAGAGCGAAUUUUUUUAUUCAAGUUGUAUUCCUGUUCCUCUGUUACCUCGGUCAGGAUGGACGAGGCACCAGAAUCAGGACAAUUUUUUGGCACCGAGGCCGAUUUCAAUUCGGAGCUGCCCAGUGACGAAGACUGGGACACAGACUUGGAAGAUUCAUGCCCAGAGAAAAUCAGCAAUAUUUCUCACGAGCAGAUAUACUUAGCAGCUUGUAAAAAGCUGGGAGUACCUCCAGUAUCAAACUUCAUUAAACAAAUGGGAAGUAGCAAAGUUGACCUUCGACAUUAUGGUCUCCUAGAUCAGGGGUUGUUCGCAGUCUGCCAUGCUCUAAACCGAAACAUAACAGUGACCACGUUAAAUCUUCAUGACAACGGAAUAACCAAAACAGGUGCUCAAGGCCUUGCAUCUCUUCUUGAGGAGAACUGCUUUCUAACUGACCUUGACAUUUCUGGAAAUGAUAUCGGUGUCGAAGGCAGCCAAGCUAUGGAGCGUAUGCUUAAGAACACUUCUUCACUUAGACAGCUACACGUUUCAAACAUUUGCAGAAAUGGUGGCCAUAUUCUUCCUCUCCUAGAGGGACUCAAAGAAAAUUAUUACUUGAAAGUUCUUGACUUGAGCCAUAAUUGCCUAAACGAUGAAGGAGCUGCUACUUUAGGCUCAAUAUUGUGCGAGACAAGUUCACUAGAAUUUCUUAAUGUGCGAUGGAAUAACAUAACCGCCCAAGGGGCUACGGAUCUCAUAAAUGGCCUUCGAGAUUGUUACACUUUGAAGGAGCUCGACUUUUCUUGGAAUAGCUUGUCUGGGGUAGGAGCACAAGCCUUGAGAGUUGCACUCGAGGCAAAUGAGUCACUGCUGCAUCUGGAUGUUACCAACACGUCAAUUCGGCUGCCUGAGGCAAAGAUCAUCGCGAAGGGCUUGAAAAGAAACAAGACUCUCCAGGUGCUGUACAUUGGAAAUAAUCCGUACUUGAGUAAGGGUGUGCAUGCGCUCUUAAAAGCAAUUCGCCGAAAUCACGAGAGUGCCCUCGAAGAGCUUCAUCUACAGGGGAUGGCUCUUGACAGAGAUUGUCAUAAAGAGCUGGAAGAUGUGAUCCAAAAGAGGCCCAACUUUAACUGCACCUGGCAAAUAAGUAUCCAGGGAGGACAAGCUAGGGACCUUAUGAGCCCAGAAAAAGCCUCGCCAUUGGAUGUAUUUGUGCGCUUCGCCCGCAACAGUGGACUGCGAAUGAUGGACAUGUUCAAAGAGCUUUCUGGUAAGCGAGACACGAUUGUGGAAGAGGAUUUUAUCGCAGGCCUGAAGAAAAUGAACAUUGGCAUGACAAAGGCUGAUUUAAAGACUGUUUUUUCCAUUCUGGAUGUCAAUAGAGACGGAAAGUUACAGUUCCAUGAAUUUCCCAACCUUGUCGCCCUAAAGCUGCAUGAACAGACUCUCGAACGAACAAAACUGCAUAUUUAA